AUGUUGAUAGACAAUGCUUAUUUCACCUGUAUACCACCAGAAGUGGAAGAACAGCCACUGGUUGAAAGUGAACCACUUCAUGAUUUCAUAUAUUUCCUACUCAGUAAUGUCAGCAGGGUUCGGAUGGAACUUACCGUCAGAUGCCUCAGGAAAUUAGAUUGGUCCGAUCCAGUUGUCGCCGAAUUUGCGAUUCAUUGCCUCAGUAACCCGUUACUGCCGCGUUACUCUGACGUUCCUCAUCUCGCCUCAGUUGUUGCUGAAUUGUGUUCGUGUCAUGAGUGGAUUGGUUAG